AAAUUGUUGCAGAUCCCAAAAGAUUCAGAUCCCCAGAACCCUGACUCUCCCGAUUCUAAGAGAUCUGCUGGUUUAACUGCAGUGUGGGUUGCCAGGAACCGCUUUGCUGUUAUGGACAAAAGUCACCAGUUGGUAAUCAAGAAUAUGCAGAAUGAAGUGACCAAGAAAGUUACCACUCCUCCAUGUGAUGAAAUAUUCUAUGCUGGCACUGGCAUGCUCCUGCUUAGGGACAGUGAUGGGGUCUCUCUCUUUGAUGUCCAACAGAAAAGAGUACUGGGAACUGCUCGCAUUGCCAAGUGCCGUUAUGUUGUGUGGUCUGCCAGCAUGACUACAGUGGCACUACUCUCCAAACAUACUAUACUCAUCUGCAAUCGUAAGCUAGAGCGCUUGUGCUCCAUCACAGAGACUAACAGAGUCAAGUCUGGUUCCUGGGAUGACAGUGGUGUUUUUGUUUAUACAACAAGCAACCACAUAAAGUAUGCACUGACAAAUGGUGACCAUGGCAUCAUCCGCACUCUGGAGCUGCCAGUGUAUGUGACAAGAGUGUCUGGUAGUUCAGUAUACUGUCUGGACCGUCAAGCAACUCCCCGUGUUCUCACCAUUGACUCUACUGAAUUUCGCUUCAAAUUGGCACUUGUCCAACGCAAGUAUGAUGAAGUUUUGCAAAUGGUUCGUGGAGCCAAACUGGUGGGACAGUCAAUCAUUGCUUACCUACAAAAGAAGGGUUAUCCUGAAGUGGCUCUUCAUUUCGUCAAGGAUGAGCGAACGCGAUUCCUUCUGGCGCUGGAGUGUGGCAAUAUUGAUGUGGCUUUAGAUGCUGCCAAGGCUCUUGAUGAUAAGGGAUGCUGGGAGAAACUAGCAGAGCAUGCCCUCAUGCAUGGCAACCACCCAGUAAGUUGCACAAUGGAUAUGUUGCAUAAAUAAGUACACAGCUUUUUU